UCUGAGUCAGAGGCGCCUCCUGCUGCUUCCUCCAGCAGGAGGCGCCUCGCCGCCCCUCAGGUGUUCCUACCUUCCCCUCAUGUUCCGCCUCUGUCGCGCUGCAGCCCCAGCCUCAGAGCCGCCCACUUCCAGCCUGGAACAACCUGGAAGUGCCGAGCGUAUCCUGUUCAAACAAACCAGGCUGUGUUACCUGAGGCAGAGCAGGAAGCUGCAUGUGGCCGACCCGUUCUCUGCCUUUUUAACGCAGCAGGACCUGAGAAGCAGGCUGGUUCACCUUACAUCCUUUAACCUGAGGCUGUAACCAGGUAACCAGGGACAACCUGGAUGGACACAACAUGGGCUCAGAUGAAGCUUACAACUUUGUAUUUAAAGUGGUUCUAAUUGGGGAAUCUGGUGUUGGGAAGAGCAAUCUGCUGUCCCGCUUCACGAAAAACGAGUUCAACCAUGACAGCCGCACAACCAUCGGGGUGGAGUUCAGCACACGGACGGUGCAGCUCAACGGCUUCUACAUCAAGGCCCAGAUCUGGGAUACGGCCGGCCUGGAACGAUACCGGGCCAUCACUUCUGCGUACUACAGGGGGGCGGUUGGAGCUCUGCUGGUCUAUGACAUCACCAAACAUCUGACCUAUGAGAGCGUGGAGCGCUGGCUGAAGGAGCUGUACGACCACGCUGACCCCCACAUCGUGGUGAUGUUGGUGGGCAACAAGACUGACUUGGAGUCAGAGAGAUCUGUUCCCACUGAGGAGGCCAAAGACUUUGCAGAAAAGAAAGGUCUGUUGUUCCUGGAAACCUCGGCCUUGCAGUCGACUAACGUGGAAGCAGCAUUCAACAAAGUCUUGGAAGAGAUUCAUAAAAAGGUGAACAGCAAAGAAGUGGUGCGAGGGUCCAUAAACGCCGUGACCCUGAACAGCUCCAGAGCAGAAAGCCAGGAGGAGGAGAAGAAGCCGUGCUGCAAGAACAUCUGAACCCAAAUGUCCCUCUGGGGGCCGCAGGGGGCCACCUGCAGCGCCGGGCUGAGGCUGGCCAGAGACUGAGACUCCACAUGACGAAACAAACGGCUCCGUUCAGUGAAGCGACUUGUUUCUCAGCUGCACAGGUUUAAAACAUGAAACCAGCACCAAGCUUCCAUUCUGGAACAAAGGUCAACACUGAAACACGGAACGGACCUUUGAGACUAUCUGUGGUGGGAAGUUGAAGCAUUUAUAUAUAUGUAUAUGUACAGUUUAAAUGAGAGAUGAUAUCUGACUGAUGAAGAGCUCCCAGCUGCUCGAUGAUGAUGAUGAUGAUGAUGAUGAUGAUGAUGAUGAUAAUGAUGUGUGUUUUGAGUCCUGACCUCAGCGAUCAGAAUGUACUGCAGCUGAUUACUCUGACUGUGUUUUAGUGAGAAAUAAAUAUUUAUGUAGAUUCAUUAUUGGUGCCUUAUAACCAGAAAUGUCUUACAUUUUAGAAGAAGAGAGCAGCUACAGAUGUUAAUUUAGUUGUUCUCUUUUUCUGACUCAAGUAAAAAACAAGUAGAAGUUGGCCAACUUUGUGUUGUCUAAACAUGACAGCAGGACAUUUCCAGGAAUCACUGUAAUGCGAGUCCCAAAGUACGUCACGUUUAUAGGGCAAAACGAUUCAGUAUCAGCAACAUAAUAAUAAACAAACAUAAUAGUCCUGAAGACCCUGAAUGUGAGUUAUUUUGAGCUUUCUAGUUCUGAUUUCAUGGGAUUUUCUGCAGUGAAACCUGAGAUUAAUAAAUAACAGAUGUUCUCAAA